CUGACGUAUCCAUUUUCACUUUCAGCUUCAGGUUCCACUCGUCUUCUCGUUAUCCAUUUAGACGCUUGCGAUGGACGCUACCUUAAUCAAAACAGUAAACAAGCUUCAAGAUGCCUUCGCGACUGUAGGUGUCCAGAAUCCUGUGGACCUUCCACAAAUCACAGUCAUUGGCUCUCAAUCGUCUGGCAAAAGUUCAGUUCUGGAGAACAUUGUUGGUCGUGAUUUCUUGCCUCGUGGUACUGGUAUCGUGACCCGACGACCACUGGUUCUACAAUUAAUUCACCGACCAGCAGCUGGCGCGGAAGUAAACGGCAAGGCUGAGGACGAUAAGGAAGAGCAUGAUUUCAAGGGUGAUGAAAAUGCAAAUGAAUGGGGUGAAUUUUUGCAUCUUCCAGGUCAAAAGUUUUACGAUUUCCACAAAAUCAGAGAGGAAAUUGCCAAGGAUACUGAGCUGAAAACAGGAAAGAACGCUGGUAUCUCGCCACAGCCUAUCAACUUGAGAAUCUUCUCUCCCAACGUCCUAACCCUUACCCUGGUCGAUUUGCCCGGUUUGACAAAGGUGCCUGUUGGAGAUCAACCAAAGAAUAUUGAGACACAGAUUAGAGAGAUGAUUUUAAAGUAUAUCAACAAGCCCAACUCCAUCAUUCUUGCCGUCACUGCUGCAAACACAGAUCUUGCAAACUCUGAUGGUUUGAAGAUGGCGCGAGAAGUCGACCCUGAAGGUUCUCGUACUAUUGGUGUCUUGACCAAGAUUGAUUUGAUGGACCAAGGAACUGACGUCGUUGAUAUUCUUGCCGGUCGCAUCAUUCCCUUGCGCUUGGGCUAUGUCCCAGUAGUGAACAGAGGACAGCGUGACAUUGAAUCUAAGAAGUCCAUUAAAAUUGCAUUGGAAGCUGAGAAGGACUUUUUCGAAAAUCAUCCUUCGUACAGAAGCAAAGCACAAUACUGCGGUACUGCUUAUCUUGCUCGUAGAUUGAACAUGGUUCUGAUGUAUCAUAUUCGAAGUACUUUGCCUGAAAUCAAAGCAAAAAUUCAGGCUGCCUUGGCAAAAUAUCAGCUCGAGCUUGGCCAACUUGGUGAUCCUCUUGGCGAUAGCUCAGCACAUCAAGCCAAUUUGGUUCUUAGCAUUAUAACGGAGUUCUGUACCGAGUUUAGAACAACUAUAGAUGGUAACUCCAACGAAUUGUCCAGCUUUGAACUGUCCGGUGGUGCUCGUAUAAGCUUCGUGUUCCAUGAGCUGUAUGCUGGUGGGGUUAAAAGCAUUGACCCUCUUGACCAAGUGAAGGACGUUGACAUUCGUACAAUCUUAUAUAACUCCUCGGGUUCCUCACCGGCACUCUUCGUAGCUACUACAGCCUUCGAAGUUAUAAUCAAGCAGCAGAUUAAACGCUUGGAGGAACCAAGUUUGCGAUGUGUCACUAUGGUGUAUGAUGAACUUGUUCGUAUCCUUGGACAAUUGUUGAACAAGCAGUUCUUUAAGCGUUUCCCAACUUUGAGAGAGAAGUUCUAUCACGUUGUCAUUGCUUUCUUCAAGAAGGCAUUGAACCCUACCAACAAAUUGGUAACUGACCUCGUUAGCAUGGAGGCAUGCUACAUUAAUACCGGCCAUCCUGAUUUCCUCAAUGGUCACAAAGCUAUUGCUCUCGUUACUGAGCGCCUUACCAACAAACAAGCUCAAGCAGCAGCUGACCCUAAAGCAUCCAAAAACCAGCUUGCAGCUUUGCAAACCAACAACCUUAGCACUCCCAACGUGGAUGCCGAUGGCAACUCCUUCUUUGGAAGCUUCUUUGCUGGAGCCAAAAAGUCAAAGAAGAGCAAUAUGAUGGAAACACCUCCUCCAGUUCUCAAGGCUACUGGAAACCUUUCAGAAAGAGAAAUGAUGGAGACUGAAGUUAUAAAGCUCUUGAUUCAAUCUUACUAUAACAUUGUAAAGAGAACCAUGAUCGACAUGAUUCCCAAAGCUAUUAUGCUCAAUCUUGUGGCUCACUCCAAGGAAGAGCUUCAGCGCGAGUUGUUAACAGAGCUGUACAAGACUGAUGUUUUGGAUGAAUUGUUGCAAGAGUCAGAUUAUACUCAACAAAGGCGAAAGGAGUGCAAGAAGAUGAUUGAGGCCCUCCAAAGAGCCGACGAAAUAGUAGCAGCAGUAUAAGCAAACAAAGAAAUGUCACAUUAAUAUUCCAACUUUCUUCCUUAUAAAACCCUUUUGAUAUCACAUUGUGUUGUUGUAGUGGGGUCAUGACCUGUAAUGCUGGUUUUCAGUGCAUAUCGAAACCCUUCACUUUUGUCGAGUCAGUUGUUACGAAAGGAAUAUAUUUUUAUUAUCCAUAGGAUUAAAAACUGUCUCAUAAGCCUCAAUACCUUAUAGUUCCAACUUCUGACAACUGUAGCUUCCAGGG